AUGCUGUUUCUCUUUGACCUUGGCUCGCCCGGCGUCUUCCCAACCUCCGCACUUUGUGUUUUCCUCAUCCACACACGAGUCUUCACCAAAGACGGCUGCCACGUCAUGACACGCCUUAGUGACAUCACGUACUCACAAGAGGCCACGGUCGAGGCCGUGCGUGACUACUAUACCUUUCUAACCAGAAUGUAUCUCGACGACCACCUCGUCAAGGAACCGCCCGAGGGUGGCUGGCCAGGCAUCACGGCCGAAAGCAUGCGGGGCCUUGGCAAGACGGACCAAGUCAUCUCACUCCUUCGCCAUCUCCCUUACAUCGACUCUCCCGGCUACGACGGUGGCCCCAACGCGCUCCCCAACUGUACAUUUGCCGACUGGCACCGUCGAGCGGAGGAAGACGCUUUCCUUGUUGGCUCCGCCGACGCUGCUUGCGCCAGAUCGUGCUCCGAGGGCGCCGGCAUCUGCGAGGCCGUGCCUCCUCACGUUGUCGGUCUUACCUGGGACAGUGAAGAUCGGUACCCCUUCUUGCUCGACACCAAGCUUGGGGUCAUAUACUGGGUCGAUUGCGACUACGACUUGAGGCGCAAUUCAUGCCGAGAGCGUGUUUGGGAUUGUGCCUACGACUAUGCUCCUGAAAAGGAGGCCGACGCGUUCCGUGGCGACUCUGGCACGUGGGCUGUUGGGGAUUUCUUCGAGGUUCUCAAGGAACAGUACCGGAAGCUGAGAUUUCUUCCGCGGAACUCGACGAGGGUGUGCGAUGUAAAGGACGGAGAGUACCCGGAUGAAGAAGGCAGGAAUGAGCUCAUAGCUAGCAUAUAUCGCCGGCACGGAUGGCCCGAUCUGCAGAUCUACCGCAAGGAUACUUGUCUGGAGGCUAUUCGUCGCGCGUUGGCGGAGCAUAACUACUCCGACGAUAGGUUUUAG